AUGUCGUCGUCUCCCGACCAGCAACAGCAACAGCAGCGCCGCAAAAGCGAUGACGACGACAGCAGCCCGGCGCAGGGCCCCGGCCCCGGGAGUGAGCACUCCGCGUCAGCAUCGGCACCGCAGCCCACCACCAUCACCACCAAGCGCACGCGCGUCCUACUGUCGUGCGCGCCGUGCCGCGGGUCGAAGCUCAAGUGCGACCGCGCGACGCCGUGCACGCAGUGUCUGAAGAAGGGUAAGCCCGAAAUCUGCGCGUACGCGCCGCGGCCCCAGAAGCACCAGCGCCGGCCGGCUGGGAGCAUGCAGGCGCGGCUGCGGCGGCUGGAAGGGAUGGUGAGGGAAUUUAUUGAUCAGCCGGUGGAUGGUGGUGGUGGUGGUCAGGGCAAGGGGGGAGGAGCUGGCGAGGAAGGGCUCGCGGGGAAGGACGGGAAGGAGGAGGUCGAUGCGGGUGGUUCGGUCGUGAGGAGUGCCCCUGAGAGGGCGACGAAUUAUGUGGGCGGGACGCAUUUUAUGGCUAUUCUGGAGGAUCUUGAGGAUUUGAAGAACUACUUCGAGGAUCCCGGAGAGGACGAGCAGGAGAGCAUAGACGACCCCUAUGAGAACACGCAAGGGCCGGCUGAGCUACUGCUGUUCUCGAAGGGCGUGCCGCGGAACAAGGACGAGAUGCUGGCUCUGCUGCCGGAGAAGGCGGUCAUGGAUCGGCUGAUGAACCGGUACUUCACCUCAAACAGUCCUUCACAACAUAUCAUCCACAUCCCGACGUUCACAAAGCAGUACAACGCAUUCUUAAAAAACCCGCAGGACGCCGACCUACACUGGAUCGCGAUGCUCUUCAUGGUUCUCGCGCUCGGCGUCUUCUUCUCGUCCUUCCACGCGCCACACGAAUUACAGAUGGACUCGCCCAUCCCCGCGAUGGACCGCUUCCGCCAGUACCGUGGCACGUGCGGGUGGGCGCUGGUCUGGGGCCGGUACUCGCAGCCCGGGCCGUUCACGCUGCAGGCGUUUUUGUUAUAUACCGAGGGGGAGUUCAUCGCGAACCGCGUCUCGCAGAUGAAUUGUUAUUUGCUGUCGGCCACCCUCAUACGGCUGAUGCUGAAGAUGGGCCUCCAUCGCGAUCCGAGCAGGCUGCCGGGUAUUAGUGCUUAUGAUGGCGAGAUGAGGAGAAGAAUGUGGAAUUUGGCGGUCCAGAUCGAUUUGUUGGUUUCGUUCCACCUUGGUUUGCCGUGCAUGAUCCAUGGCAUCGAGAGCGAUACGGCGCUGCCGCGUAAUGUGAUCGACUCGGACUUUGGCGAGGAUAGCGUGGACCUGCCACCCGCGCGGCCAGCUACCGACUACACGCCCGUCACCUACCCGAUCAACAAAGCCGCCAUAGCACGCGUCUUCGGGCUCGUAGCGCGCCUCGCGCACGCGCUGACCGUGCCGCCGUACGCCGAGGUCAUGCGCCUCGACGCGCGCAUGCGGGCCGUCUGGGACGGCGUGCCGGCCUUCAUGCACAUCAAGCCCAUGGAGGAGUGCAUAACCGAACCAUCAAUGUUAGUCAUCCAGCGCUUCGGCCUCGCGAGCCUGUACCAGAAGAGCCGGUGCGUGCUGCAUCGGCGCUACCUCGUCGAUCCGGAUCCCCGGCCUGAGCACGAGUACUCGCGGCGCCACUGUCUGGAGGCGGCGAUUGCGCUGUUGGGGUAUCAGUAUACGAUGUCCCAGGCGACUAAGCCUGGUGGCAUGCUGGCCCAGAGCGGCUGGUUCAUGGCGUCUUUGGCUCUAAACGAUUUUUUGUUGGCAGACAUGGUCGUCGCGCUGGUGAUCCAGAACGACAGGUACACCGAGGGGUCCGGCUGGGUCACGCAGGGAGAGCCGCUGCCGACCAAGGAGGAGCUGCUUCGGAUUCUCAGGCGGUCGUAUGCGAUUUGGCAGAAUUUGGCGAACAGCACAAUGCCAGAGGGCAGAAAGGCGGCCGAUGUCGUGCGCACGAUGCUCGGACGCAUCCAGACGCAAUUCGGUACUGGCAGCAGCGAAGAGUCCAACGGCUCGUCGGGGAUGAACGGCAGCGGCGUCCCGUCAACAGCCACAAGCGGCACCGACCAGACGUCCUCCGAGAUGGCCGGCCUGACCAUCGACUCCAGCGCUGGUACUGCGUCGACGGAACCUAGCAGCCUCGACGGGCCUUCUAUACAGGACCUUACGGACUUCGGCGGCAUGGUCAGGGACCCGAAUUUGAUGGCCCUGGAUGGGGGCGGCGGUAUGCAUGACCCGGCGAGCGCGGAUCCUUGGGGGUUGUUGCAGAUGCAGAUGCAGAAUGGUUACGACUGGAGCCACUUCGACGCGAUGACUCGGGGUCCCGUGGAUGCUAUCCAGCCUACGCCUACGCCGCAGGUGCCGCAGGACGGGUGGCUCGACCAGAAAACCAUCAAUGAGUUCUCCGAGUUCCUGGCUUCGAACGCUUGGAACCCGGCUCCUUCUGCCUAA